ACAGGGAAGUCGAACCACAUCAGACGGAGGCUGUGUAGUGGGGCGAAAGUUGUUGUUGUGUAGUUUUGUUAAACAGGAUACUUUUUUUAAACUACACGAGGGAGAGAUAAGGUCAGAGUGAAGGUACGAGGACUCGAGGAGAGUGCUGCGGUGUUUAAGAGCGUUUAAUACGAACCAUAAAUGCUGGAGUUCUAGUGGGACUCACGGCUUCGUGCUGUACUGCCUCUGUUGCGUUUUUUAAGCCAACAGCGCGAGUGUGUGAUUACUAUUUUAUUCGGAUAUAAUUAGUUUUGCGUGUGCAAAUAUGGCCGAGUUUGGGGACACGAAUUCGCAUUCCGUCGGACAGAAAAACAAUCACUUGCCCCAACGACACAACAAGCAGUGGGUGAGGCUAAACGUCGGCGGCACGUAUUUCCUCACAGCCAAGACUACCCUCAUGCAAGAUCCCAACUCGUUUCUCUAUCGACUCUGCCAGGAGGACUCUGACCUCAUAUCAGACAGGGACGAAACCGGGGCAUAUCUCAUAGACAGAGAUCCAACGUACUUUAGUCCGAUUCUCAAUUACCUGCGGCAUGGCAAACUCGUUAUAAACAAAGAUCUUGAGGAGGAGGGUGUGCUCGAAGAGGCCGAGUUUUACAAUAUCAUCGAGCUCAUCAGACUGAUCAAGGAGAGGAUCAUACUCAGAGACGCGAGACCCGUGCGUGACUCCAAAAAACACGUCUACAGGGUCAUACAGUGUCACGAGGAUGAACUCACGCAAAUGGUGUCUACGAUGUCGGAUGGAUGGAAAUUCGAACAGCUAAUCAAUAUUGGCUCUCAAUACAAUUACGGCAACGACGAUCAUGCUGAAUUUUUGUGCGUUGUCAGUCGAGAAUAUGGAUCUACGCAACUACCUAAAGAACAGGAGUCGACAGAACGCGUCAAGGUACAUCAACCUUCCUCAAAUCUCGCGCAUUCACAACCCAGCCAGAAUCAUUCUACUUCUCGCGAUUAGCUAUACUUACUUAUCAGAUUUAUAUAUUUUUUCUUACCAACUUAUAGAUUUUUUUAGUAUUUCUUGAUGUAAUUUACAAUGUACCGAAUUAUCAUUAUUAUUAUUUAGAGUAGUAUUAUUAUUAUUAUUAUUAUUAUCAUCAUCAUCAUCAUCAUUAUUAUUGGUACCUAUAGUAGUUAAAAUUAUAAAAGGGUGCCUAUGAUUUAUACUAUUUUUGGGACUGACUACUGCUUUGUCUACUCCAUUGCUUAUACAAUUUCAAAAAACGUUCCAGUGCUUAAAUUUACGUUUUAUGCUGUAUAACGUGUGGCCAGUCUUAAACUGAGAUUUAUAGCAGUAUUUUUUCUAUUAACCUUUAUUAUUUGGUGAUUUCAUUGAUAUUUUAUUGAAGUACUAAUGUGUGUGACUAAUAAAUUAUGCUGAGAUU